AUGGCCGACAAGCGACGGUCCUCGCCCGGCACGACCAUGAGCCUGAAGGCUCACGCCUUCUCCGUGGAGGCUCUCAUCGGAACCGAGAAGCAGCAGCAGCAGCCUCCGCCGCCACCGCGGCAGCCCAAGCGGCGGAAGCUGGGCGGCGAGGACGAGGCGGCGGAGGACGAAGGGGGCAGCGGCUGCUGCGCCAAGAGCUCCCCCACCACCACUACCACCACCGCUGCCAGCGGCAGGACCGGCGGCGAGAUGGAGUUGGGCUGCGCUGCCCGCGCCCCCGCCGGCGGCUGCGAGGAGGGUUUCCUGGCGGCCUCCCCUCCUGCCUCCCCCGGCUGCUCCCCUAAGGGCUCCCGGCCCGGUUCGCCGCUGCCCACGCCGCAGACGCCGCGGGUGGACCUUCAGGGAGCCGAGCUCUGGAAGCGCUUUCACGAGAUCGGCACCGAGAUGAUCAUCACCAAGGCGGGAAGGCGGAUGUUUCCCGCAAUGAGGGUGAAGAUCUCAGGUUUAGACCCACAUCAGCAGUAUUAUAUUGCUAUGGAUAUCGUGCCAGUGGAUAACAAAAGAUACAGGUACGUUUAUCAUAGCUCCAAGUGGAUGGUGGCUGGUAAUGCUGACUCCCCCGUCCCACCUCGUGUUUAUAUUCACCCCGAUUCCCCUGCCUCCGGGGAGACCUGGAUGAGACAAGUGAUCAGCUUUGACAAAUUGAAGCUUACCAAUAAUGAGCUGGACGAUCAAGGGCAUAUUAUUCUGCACUCUAUGCAUAAAUAUCAGCCUCGUGUCCAUGUCAUCCGAAAAGACUGUGGAGAUGAUCUGUCCCCUAUCAAGCCAAUCCCUUCAGGAGAAGGGGUGAAAGCCUUCUCAUUUCCAGAGACAGUUUUCACUACUGUCACAGCAUACCAAAAUCAACAGAUAACUCGUCUGAAGAUCGAUAGGAAUCCAUUUGCCAAAGGGUUUAGAGAUUCGGGACGCAACAGAAUGGGACUGGAAGCUCUGGUAGAGUCUUAUGCCUUUUGGAGACCUUCACUUAGAACACUUACAUUUGAAGACAUACCCGGGAUACCCAAACAAGGAAAUGCAGGUUCCUCUACUUUACUCCAGGGAUCUGGCAGUGGAGUGCCAUCUACCCACCCUCACCUUUUAACGGGUUCCCCUUGCUCAUCUCCAGCCUUCCACCUCAGUCCCAACACCAGCCAGCUCUGUAGCCUGGCUCCAGCUGAUUACACAGCUUGUGCCCGCUCAGGCUUGACCCUGAACAGAUACAGCACUUCUUUGGCUGAAACCUACAACAGGCUGACCAACCAAACCAGUGAGACCUUUGCACCCCCAAGGACUCCCUCCUAUGUCGGAGUGUCGAGCAGCACGACUGUGAAUAUGUCCAUGAGUGGCAACGAUGGGGAUGCAUUCAGCUGCCCACAGACUGGCUUAUCCAUGCAGAUUUCAGGGAUGUCUCCACAGCUCCAGUACAUCAUGCCAUCCCCAUCCAGCAACGCCUUUACCACUAAUCAAACCCACCAAGGCUCCUACAACACGUUUAGGUUGCACAGUCCCUGUGCUCUCUAUGGAUAUAACUUUUCCACAUCCCCUAAACUGGCUGCCAGUCCUGAGAAAAUCGUUUCUUCCCAAGGAAGUUUCUUGGGGUCCUCGCCAAGUGGAACCAUGACGGAUCGGCAGAUGUUGCCCCCCGUGGAAGGAGUGCACUUACUUAGCAGUGGGGGGCAGCAGAAUUUCUUUGACUCUAGGACCCUAGGAAGCUUAACACUCUCAUCUUCUCAAGUGUCUGCACAUAUGGUUUGAUGAAGCCUUUAAGUAAAAGUACAGUAUGUUUGGUGUCUACAGUGUAUUUCUUUUGGAAUAUGAAAGGGCACUUGAUGUAGCUUGUAAAGUGUGUGUAUAUAUAAUAUGAGAGGAAGUUUCACUGAAUUUUUGACUUGCUUGUGGCCAGGAUAUUCUCCUACUUUGAGUUACACAGAGUUUGUUGCAGCUCAGACUGCUUUAGUUUUCUGGUAUAAUACACUUAGUUGUAUAACACGUUGGGACAUAUGCAACAAAUUAAGCAAGACUUCCUCCCCUUUCCCCCUCCUCUGUUCUAACCCCUUUAAAGAAUGAAAUGACACUUGGAGUAUUAAAAGACACAAACAAGCCCAGUUACAUUGUCUAUAGUAUUAGUGAAUCUCUUUAAAGCAUUCACACAAUGAUAAGCUGAUGCACCAAAGGCAUUUUACAAGUUUCUUCUCUGUUAUAAGGGAUAUGAAGGGUAUUCGGACUUUCAAGUGUUAAGCAUCAAGCAUCCAGCCUGAAAUAGAAGUUUAGCUGAUGGAUUAUUUACAAAGUAAACAGAAAGAUUAGUUUGCCUUCUCAUGAUAUGCUGUUUUUAGCUUAUCAAUGGCACUGCAUUCUUAUUAGGAUUUUUUUUUCAGCGUUAGUCUAGAUUUAUGUUUAGAUAUUUGAAAAGAAUACAUAUUCAAAUUCUGGUGAUAAGAGUAAUUUAAACCAACAGCAGAAAAAGCAGCAAUCCUUGAUUCAGUAUGAACUGGGAGGUGCUUCAUUUUUGUCAAAGGGCUUGAUGCAUUUUUUCCUCCAUAAAUAUUGCCUAUAAGACAUUUACUGGACACUAGGAUAUUCUAAUGUAUCUUUGUUUUUGUAUUUUUACUUUUUUAAAGGAAGAUGCAGGUUUGAUCUAGGGAAAAAAAAAAAAGUGAGCAGGAUGAAAAAUUUCAGUAUUGGUUUUACCCUUUCAUGUAUGUGUUGUGUUUUGGGAUUGUUUUUUGGUUUUUUUUUUUUUUUUUUAACGUAAGGGCAAGAACUCUCCCAUCCUCAGUAUCUCAUAAUCUCAUAUCUGUGGCAAUCAGGCAGAUGACUCAGUUUGCCUACAAAUGUUGCUGGAAGCAGAACUUGGCCACAGCUGUCUCCCUGUAACACAGCCAAAUGGGGACUGGGAUUGAAAUAGGCAAAAUUCAUUUAAUUGUUUACUUUGGGUGCUCCAGCACUACACCUAGCAGCCUACAUCCCUCCCCCCAGGGAGUCAUCUGUCUUCCUCUUACUCCUUUCUGACACGAGCUUGCUGCUGCUCUGUUUCCCAGUCAGUUUUUGCCCUGGAAUUAGAGAGGGUCCUUCCUAGCUCUGGUUUUAACUGGUGCUUGUAAGAACAUAGAACCUGCUCCAGACUAGGCUUCCCCAGAGAGACAAGAACACAGGGAGACACUUGGGGUGAAAUUUCUGCCCUCAUCUGCACCUGUGCAGCCCUGGUGUGCAUCUGUCCUGCUGCAAAGCUGCCUCUCAGCUGCCUGCUUCUUGGACCUGAACCAUGGAGUUUGGAGAAGAGUUUUUAAUGCUUGAGAGAAUGGGGCUUCAAAAGUAUGCUAAGCCUCUCUCUAUAUGCUAAGCUUUAUAUUGGGCAGGUGAUGUACAGGCAUUACAAAGUGGGUACAGAUGUAGUUGAAAAUGCUUCCCUCAUCAGCACUGUAGGGGAGUGAGGCCUUCCAGAUUUUGUGUUUUCCUCUGCUAGAUUUUUUUGCUGAAGGUGGAUUAUUUUGUUUUUCAGGAGUUACUACAUCUUUUCUGGCAAACAGUGGGCUCAACAUCUCCCACUUCAAGAAGGACUCAUUGCAGCUAGUAUUUUUUUCAGUGGGUUGGAAAUGAUGCAUGCAGAAGCAGUCCUCUCACUAUCUCAUCUUAUUAUUUGUGAACAGAAAAGAAACCACAGCAGUCUUUAAGCACGUGCCUGGAGAAGGCUUUUUUUCUAUUAGUUACAUAUGCUUUUAUGUUAAAGAACAUACAUAGAAAGUUCUCAUUCAAAGCUGGAAAGACAAGAGGAUGUGCCUGCAGUUAAGGAGAUAUAGGUUUGCUUCUUUGCUGUCACAAACUUUCCAAGUGACCUUGGGAAAUUCUAUAUAUUGUCUUUCUAUAUAUAAUUAUUUUUCUUCUGCAAAAUGUGAUAAUAGCACAUCUCUGCCUCACAGUAAAUGGUGACAGUGCCUUAAAGAUUAUCUUUAUCUUUAAAUCUACUGUGCUGUAGACAGUACAUUACAGAUGAAUGGUUAGGUAGUGUUCAUAUAUGAGGAUAACAAAGAGGAUCUGUGCACUCCAGGUCUGUCGCUAGUUUUGGCAUUGCAGUGUCCUUUGAGAGAGAUCUCCUAGCAAGCUUCAAAAACCUCACGCUAAGAGUUUGUGAAAUGGUUCUAAGAUGUGUAGAAGGUACAGAAAGUCUUGAUUAUUUAAAUUGUCAUAGCUGCAUUGCUUUAAAUUAACAAGAAACCUCUGUAUAGUAAUGCCUGCUCUAUACAAAAUUUUGAAAUGUUGCAGUUGGACAAAUCCUUAAAUGGGAAGAAUGAUACAACUGGUCUGUACUUGAAAAAGGUUAAAGAUAACUAUGUCAUCUGAAGGGCUGUGACUAGGUGAAAAUGUGGAAGAGCUAAACCAUUCGUGUUCCUACAAGGGAGGAAAAAAAGGUUGUGCGUGGAUGUUCAUGGGGAUUCUUCUAGCAGGAAUAUGUACUUUAUCAUCUGGACAUUUUUUUGAGAACUGGUCUCCUAUUUUUCCUCAAAUUGUUCUUGUUAUAUAACCACACAAUAUUAUUUGAAACAUUUGUUUCUUAAAUUUUGAAUCGUAUUGUAAAUACUUACUGGUGUGUCGCUGUGGAAAGACUAGC